AUGAGAUUCUCUAUCCUCACCACGCUCAGUGCAGCCUUGGCUGUGUCCAUCAAAAGAGGCGGAAAAGCUUCCGAUUGGGACUUCGAAAACAACAAAAUCCAGGGCGUCAACUUGGGCGGCUGGUUGUUGCUUGAACCCUACAUAACUCCUUCGCUUUUCGUGGCUUUUGGUGACGACAUACCUGUGGACGACUACCACUACCAAAAAGCCCUCGGCAAGGAGGAAGCGAAAAAGAGACUCGACAACCACUACGACACUUGGUACCAGGAGGACGAUUUCCGCCAGAUGGCCAAGGCCGGAAUCAACACCGUGAGAAUCCCCAUUGGCUACUGGGCUUAUGGGCUCUUGCCGGACGAUCCGUACAUUCAAGGCCAGGACUUUUAUUUGGAAAGAGCGUUAGGCUGGGCCCGCAAGUAUGGAAUCAAUGCCUUGAUUGACUUGCACGGAGCCCCAGGGUCCCAAAACGGCGGCACCAGCUCUGGAUUGAGAGGGUCCUAUGAUUCAAUUGAGGAUUUCCAAAAGUCGGUUGCAUACCAGUCUGACGAGAACGUUUCGCUCACACUCACGGUUUUGCAGAAGAUUUUUGACAAGUACGGCGGCGAGGAUUACGAAGACGUUGUCAGCGGAAUCGGCCUUUUGAACGAGCCUCUAGGUAUCGCCUCAGACAUGGAUAAGCUCAAGGACUUCUACCAGUGGGCAUACGGCAACAUGAGGUCUGUUUCCAGCAAUAAUGUCGUCAUAAGCGACGCUUUCCAGGAAGAGGAGGGCUACUGGGACAACUUCAUGACGCUCGAUGAGGGCUUCUGGAAGGUGGUUGUGGACCAUCACCACUACCAGUGGCACAGUGCCGAGGAACUCAACAUGCCUGUGGAAGAGCACGUCCAAACAGCCUGCAACUGGGGAACACAGCACAAAAAAGAGUACCACUGGAAUAUUGUGGGCGAGUGGUCAGCAGCCAUGACCGAUUGUGCACCUUGGUUGAACGGGGUAGGCAAUGGGGCACGGUGGACCGGGGAGUAUCUCGAUUCGCCUAGAUUUGGCUCUUGUGAACCUUAUGCUAAAUCCAGCGAAUGGACCGAAGAGUACAAGCAGAAGACCAGGCAGUUCAUUGAGGGCCAAAUUGACGCCUUUUCGUCAGCCAGCGGGUGGUUUUUCUGGAACUGGAAAUGUGAAGACGCCGUGGAGUGGGACAUGUCUGAGUUGAUCAGACUCGGGGUGUUCCCGCAGCCGUUCGACGACAGGCAAUUCCCCAAUCAGUGUGGAGAGGACUUCUGA